CUGCCGUUAUCAACGCCAACGCCAAUUGUCCAGUGAAGUGCGACGGCCACGCUUCAGUAGCAACAACAGCGACAGCGCGCUCCAGUUUAUCAAUGUCGGCGACGGAUGCCAAUCGCUGAUGCAUUAAACCCAACUCUAGAUCAAUUCAUGUGUUCACGUGUGUGAGUGUGUGCGUGUGUGCGUGAUACUCAAACGUCGCUGACCCAUCGAUUGUUGUGUGUGACCCUUGUGCGGUGUUUUUCAAUUAUCCGAUUAUCGAAUCUCUGUGGCUAUUGUCGCGCCAAAUGGUCACGUGCGGCCGUCAAACGUUCAACAUGCUGCCGAUGGCGCCGACGAAUCCUUUUGUGGUCUCUAUCAGCCCCACAACAGCGUCCGCCCCAGUAUCGUCCGCAGCUCCAGCUGUCAACUGCUCCUCCAGCAGCAGCAGCAGCAGCAGCAAGCCAAAGCUGGCCUUCAGCAUUGACUCCAUAGUCGGUCCGGAGUCGUCCACGCCAACAAAGCCGUCUAAUACGCAGCGUGCGAGCGUAAUUGCCUCACCACGCGGCGAUAGCCCAGUCGGGGCGCCCACUUCACCCAUUAUCGAGAGGCGCACACCGCGCGGCUUCAUAUAUUGCCGGCGACGCGCCUCCUUGGAUGAUCGUUCACGUAGUCCGCCUCCGCCGGGCAGCCGCUCUCCAUCCCCAGCGGGCGCGGCGUGUGCUGCGCCCAUAGCUCCCAUUGUGCUGCCCGGGCUUAUACGCCCGCUUCCGUUGCCGGCACCGACAAAUCUAGCUUUACUGGGCGCUCCGCGCUCUACGGACAGCGCCUCGCCCACGGGCACGGGGCCGGGCAAUCCGUCGCCAGUUCGACCCACAGCAGCUGCACCGCCACCGUUUCUCGCCGCCCAGUUCCAAAUGGCCGCCGCCUUGGCGCACCAUCAUCAUCAACAACAACAGCAGCAGCAGCAGCAACAACAUCCGCAGCAUCCGCCCGUGCCAACGGGGCCGCAUCAUGGCCCACCGCCGCCGCAUUUGCCGCCUGGCCAUCCGCUGGGCAUCUUUCCAGGUGGCCCACAUCCGGGUCAUCCGCCGCCCCAUGGCCAUCAUCCAUUCGUGACUGCACCGCAUCUGAUACGCGACAGCUAUCCGCUGUAUCCAUGGCUACUCAGUCGACACGGACGCAUAUUUCCACGUUUUCCAGGCAACUUCCUUCUGCAGCCAUUUCGCAAGCCAAAGCGGGUGCGAACCGCCUUCUCGCCGACGCAAUUGCUUAAGCUGGAGCACGCCUUUGAGGGCAAUCAUUAUGUGGUGGGCGCCGAGCGCAAGCAGCUGGCCCAGGGACUUAGCCUCACGGAGACGCAGGUCAAAGUCUGGUUCCAGAACCGGCGCACCAAGCACAAGCGCAUGCAACAAGAGGGCGGCGACAGUAGCGAUGCGAAGAGCAACAAGGGCAGCUCCUCAGGCGGCGGCGGUGGCGGCGGCGGUGGCAGCGGUGAUGGUGACGAGGAUGCCAAACACGAUGGCUCCCAGCACAGCUCCACCGAUGUGGAGGACGACGAGGACAUCGAAGAGGACGACGAGGAUGAAGUGAUCGACAUGGACGACUACGGCAGCGAUCUCGAUGCCGAGGAGCAUCAGCGCCUGCGCGAACAGUUCCAGCAGCAGCUGGCCCAGCACCAGCAACAGUUGCUGCAGCACCAGAGCGAGGCGGGCGCCUUGACGCCACACCAGCAGCAACAAUUGCUGCAACACCAUCAGCAACAUCUGCAACAGCAGCAGCAGCAGCAACAACAGCAACAGCAACAACACUUCAUGCAACAGCAACAAAUGUAUUUGCUUGAAAAGGAGCGAGAGCGGCAGAGAGAUCGCGAGCGGGAACGGGAACGGGAACGGGAACGGGAGCGUGAAAAGCAGUAAGGCCCGUCGAAACAGGACUGG